AUGCUUAUGCCAUCAGCUUAUAUUCGCACUUUGGUCGAGAAGGGCUACUUGCACAAGUUGCUAGGUGGCUCUGUUGCUAGCAGCUAUGAGCGACUUCGAGGCUUCUGGAGCAAUUACAAACAGGAGGAGCCAAACCAUGAAAUAUUCGAUCACGACUUCCUGGACUUUGGCAACUUAGUCCCUCUGUACAUCCACGGGGACGGUGGGAGAACGUAUCGUCGUGAUGAGUUGAUGGUGGUUGCUUUUCAGCCCAUUUUGGGCCUGGGCAGCCGUAUGUCGAAUCCAAUGAAGUUGACAACUGGGAAACCCCAAAUCAAUCUUCAGGGGCAUUCGUUUACGACGAGAUUCUUGACAGGCGUCAUGCCGAAAGGUAUCUACAAAGACAACAGCGAACGCUUCGACGCUUUUAUCACCGAGACCAUGAAGGACUUCGAAGGCCUUUAUUUUCAGGGAAUGGAUAUCGGAAACGAUCGCGUGCUGCGCUUUAUCCCUUUGGGGAUAAAGGGGGACCUCCCCUUUUUAUCCAAGACAGGUCACUUGAACCGUACCUUUUUGCAUAUACGCAAGGGGCCGGAAACUGCGAAAUCGAAGCCACUUACAGGAUGCUGUUGGCUUUGUCACGCUGGAUCUUCCCAGUAUGAUUUUGAGAACUUCAGCUAUGAGCCCCCCUGGCUCCAGACUGCUGGCCCGCGUAAUCCGCCGCCUUGGGAUGCGAUGCCACCUUUCUUCUACCAUGUGCCACAUGUGGUGCAGGAAAAGGCAUCCUUUUUUACGUUGGACGUGCUACACAUAUACCAUCUUGGUGUGGGUCGCGAUUUUGGGGGGAGCGCCCUUGUUGUUGCGCUUGAUGUGUACAACCGUGCGUCUGUUCCGGAGGCGAUCGAGGAUUUGAAUGCUGACUUGCGGUGUUUCUUGAAGUCCACUGGGAAGUCUGUACACUUCCGCAGUCUAACGAGGGACCUUCUCGGUUUCCCAUCAGACAGCGCAUUUCCUUGUGGACAUUGGAGCAAAGCGAGUGACACACCAAUCUUGAUCGACUUCGCUGCCUGGGUCUUGAAGCAGCGUGGUCAAGACGGUGUACGCUUGCAUUCGAUUUUGAUAUCUGCGGCUGGGGCGAUCGGGCUGUUCAUGAGAACACUCCUGCGGGGGGGCUUGUUUCUUUCCCAGGAGGAGGCCGCGCUUGCAGGUCGGGCGGGAAUGCACUUUUUGUCUUGUUAUCAAAAGGCUGCCCAGAUAUCCUUCGACACCCAGAGCUGCCGAUUCAACCUCGUGCCGAAACUGCAUUGUCUUCAUCACAUUGCCUCUCGCUGUGUACCAAAUCUGCUGCCGGACUUUCUGCAAUCUUAA